GCGUUACAUUCCGUCCCCAUUCAUUGCAAUAGCACUCCUGCAGUGUGUUAAUAUUUGCUAUCUUUGUUUAUGAUCAUUCUGUCGGAUCAUCAGAGACCUACAAGAGAGGAGAGCUACUGGUGUAUUCUGUGGUUAACAGACAGGACAGAGCGAGCCCCGCCGAUAAUACAGGAGCAGCAGAAAGAGGGCGAGUGAAGAUACAGUCAGUGCAGGUGAACAGCUACAAUCUGCACCACGUGUCGCCAACAUGGAGGAGGACGAACAUAAACAAGACUUUCUCUAUUGUGAAGAGUGUCAGUCAUUUUUCAUCGGUGAAUGUGACAUUCAUGGUGCUCCAUUGUUCAUUCCUGACACCCUUGUGCCUGUGGGGGCUGCAGACCGGGCCAGACUUACCCUUCCUGCUGGACUGGAGGUUCGGACAUCCAACAUUACCAAUGCAGGACUCGGGGUGUUUAACCAGGGUGAGAUUCUUACAGUUGGAGCACAUUUUGGCCCUUAUGAGGCAGAAGAAAGCAAAAUGGAGGAAGCUGUCAGCAGUGGAUACUCGUUUGUGAUAUACAAGAGAAAGCACUUGACUGAAUAUAUAGAUGCCAGAAGAGAAACACACUCGAACUGGAUGAGGUAUGUAAAUUGUGCUCGCAGUGAAGAGGAACAAAAUCUGGUGGCAUUUCAGUAUGAAGGAGCGAUUCUGUACCGAUGUUGCCGGACAAUCAAAACUGGAGAAGAAUUGCUAGUCUGGUAUGGAGAGGAGUAUGCCAGAGAUUUUGACAUCACUUUUGACCAUCUGUGGAACACUAAAUGCUCUGAGAGAGAGAACUGUUCCUGUCCAGUGUUCACCUGCUCUGUGUGUUCAUUGUCAUACAUGGCUCAAACGUAUCUCCACAAACAUAUGAGAAGAUGCCAUCAUGAGGAGUGUGACAAAAUGCUGAAAUGGGGAGAGAUUGACAGUGAGGACAUGGUACCUAAGACCACCUUGAAAACAGAACAUGUAUCAUCUGAUUAUCUCUGCUCUGCCACUCAGAACGAACUAAAACACAUAGAAGGCAAGGAGAAAACUCACCAUUGUGCAGAUUGUGGGAAGAGUUUCUCUUUAUUAAGUCAUUUUAUUGCACACAAGCGCACACACACAGGAGAGAAGCCGUAUCACUGCACACAGUGUGGGAAGAGUUUCUCUCAUUUGGUUAAUCUUAGUAGACACCAACAAACACACACAGGAGAGAAGCCGUAUCACUGCACACAGUGUGGGAAGAGUUUCUCUCGGUCAAGUAAUCUUAAAAGACAUCUGCGCUCACACACAGGAGAGAAGCCGUAUCACUGCUCACAGUGUGGGAAGAGUUUCUCUCAGUCAAGUCACCUUAGUGUACACCAGCAAACACACACAAAGGAGAAGCAAUAUCACUGCUUACAGUGUGGGAAGAAUUUUUCCACAUUAAAUAGGCUCCAAAUACAUCAGCGUGCACACACAGGAGAUAAGCCGUAUCACUGCACACAGUGUGAGAAGAGUUUCUCUCGAUUAGGUGAUCUACGUGUACAUCAGCGUAGACACACAGGAGAGAAGCCGUAUCACUGCACACAGUGUGGGAAGAGUUUCUGUCGGUUAGCUGAUCUCAAUGUACAUCAGCGUAGACACACAGGAGAGAAGCCGUAUUACUGCACACAGUGUGGCAAGAGUUUCUCUCGGUCAACUCUUCUUAGUGAACACCAGCGCAUACACACAGGAGAAAAGCCUUAUCCCUGCGCACACUGUGGGAAGAGUUACUCUCGGUUAGGUGAUCUCCGUGUACAUAAGCGUAUACACACUGGAGAGAAGCCGUAUCACUGCACACCGUGUGGAAAGAGUUUCUCUCGGUGCAGUGAUAUCCGUGUACAUCAGCGUAUACACACAGGAGAGAAGCCGUAUCACUGUUCACAGUGUCCCAGGAGUUUCUCUCGAUCAAGUCUUCUUAUUGAACACCAGCGCAUACACACAGGAGAAAAGCCUUAUCACUGCACAAAUUGUGGGAAGAGUUUCUCUCGGUUAGGUGAUCUCAGUGUACAUCAGCACAUGCACACAGGAGAGAAGCCGUAUCACUGCACACAGUGUGGUAAAAGUUUCUCUCAUUUGGUUAAUCUUAGUAGACACCAACAAACACACGCAGGAGAUAAGAUGUAUCUUUGCUCACAGUGUGGGAAGAGUUUCUCUCGGUCAAGUAAUCUUAAAAGACAUCUGCGCUCACACACAGGAGAGAAGCCGUAUCACUGCUCGCAGUGUGGGAAGAGUUUCUCUCAGUCAAGUCACCUUAGUGUACACCAGAAAACACACACAGAGGAGAAGCCAUAUCACUGCACACAGUGUGGAAAGAAUUUCUCUCGGUCAAGUCACCUUAUUAGACACCAGAAAACACACACAGGAGUGAACCUCUAUUACUGUGUACCAUGUGGAAAGAGUUUUAACAGGUUUAUUGGCCUCCAAAGACAUCAGCAGAAACACAAAUAAGUUAUAUCACUGCUUAAAGAAGAAACUGAUGUCACUAUUCAUGCAGGUACAUAAAUUCAGAACAUAAAUAGAAUUGUGAGUUCCCUUUCUGUCACUUACUCAACGUUGUGUAGAUGACUUUACACUAGGGGUUCGAUCUUAAGAGACCAAUCACACUGCUUCUUUCUAAAGAGUGCCAUGAGAAUUGGCUUUUGGGAUUUUCUGGCCUGUCUCCACCCCAGUUAUCUGGGUAUAAAAGAGCAUUGUUCUUCAGAGCAGAUCUGUGCAUGCUAUUGCAUUACUCUGCUUCUCUGUUUGGGGCAUUCCCCCUGGGACAUUAUGUGUGCUGGUCUCUUUCUUUUUUUAAAUCAAUGGACCACUUUGGAUGUUCCCUGGGCUGCUGUUUGUGCUGCAGAUGUGCUUAAAAGGAUACUCCACAGUAGCAUGAUAAUUAAGAUGACAUUCUGCCAGUUACGUUGCUGUCUCUGGGUGGGAGUCAGAAUGCUUAAUUUGAGUUCUGAAGAUGAACGGAGGUCCUAGGGUUGUUGUACGACUUCAGGGUGAGUAAUUCAUGACAGAAUUUGCAUGCUACAGUGGAGUAUCCCUUUAAGAGCAAUUUGGGAAAUACAAGUUUUUUUUUUUGCUAAACGAGUCCUCCUGUUUCCCUUCACACUCAUGCUAAACUAUCUUCAUCCUGAGUUCUCAACAAGACAGACAAUCCACUGUUUGGUGGUUUUAUUGUCAUGUUCGGGAGUACACAGUUUCAUGGCCUCGCCAGCAUUGGCAUAUAUAACUGACUGGAGUUAUUGGCAGUUUUGCUUGCCUUGUGGAGGCUGUGGACUUUGAUUCAGAGCAAGCAUGUGUUCAUCCAGUUAGAUAUCACCAUGUGUGUAAAUAAAUCACGAUGGAGGUUUCCGCUCCCGUUGCUUUUUGCCAUUGCAACUCGCCUGCCACUUCCACCUAUAGAAUCAGCAGAGGUUGAAGUCUUAACGACUCACAUGAAAAGCUAUGUUGGAUGGGAAAUGCUUAAGAAAGCAGGACCUUAUUUUCAAAUUUCUCCCAGGCCUGGCUUGAUGCCCUCUUGGCACCUUUGGUGCUUGUGGUCCUUUAGAGAGUCCCUUUUAAGGCCUUAGAUUCAAAAAAGUUUAGAGCCCUCUUUUAACAGAGGGUUGGGAAUAUGCAAACAUUCUCUUUGUUUAGCCCGUACCUAGAGAUGUUUUUUUGGCUUUUUAAUACCGUAGGGCAGUAGAGAGCAGACAGGAAUGCGUUGGAUAUACUGGUACAUGAAAAAGGUCAAUAUUUUUUGUCACUUAUUUCAGAUAGUUUAACCCAUAUAUUAUAUAGAUUCUUUACACAGAGUUUAAAAAGGAGGCCCAACCAAGUAUUGAGUGCAUGGAAAUUGAGUGCAAUUAUUGCAUAUGAUGCGAUUUCCUUGUUGGUAGUCCCAUAUGAGGUUAUUUCUGCUGUCUAGUUUUCCUGUCUUCCUCUAAACAGAGACCUAAUCUGUUUUCUCCAUUGAGGUUGGUUGGUCCUUCUUUUCAGCAGUCCUUUGUUCUGGGGUUCAGCCAGAUAUGUUACCUACUGUGGUAUAAAGUGCAUCUGUGGUAUUUCCACAUGUAAACUCUUCUGGCAAGGAGACUGCCAUGCAAAUUGUAUUUGAGUGAUUGGUCUCCCAAGGGCAAACCACUAGAGUCAAAUCAUCAUUUUUAUUGGUUUUUAUUUUUGUUCCUUUUUGUUGUGUAAUUCAGGUCUUUAAGAAAAUUAUAAUUUGUCAAUGUGAAUUGUGAUUUGAAAAUAAAUGUUAUUUGAAUUUCCAAUUUUAUUUUCACAUUUUAUUCACAAACCUAAUCAUGGACCAUGUAUAGAAUAGUUAGCUCAGUGUGUGGUUCCCUUUCUGCCGGUCUCUCGACGUUGUGUUGAACCGACAGAUGGGGUUUGACUUGAGAACCUAUCAUCUUCUGACUACUUUGAAAAGGCCAAUGAAAUUGGCGAAUGAAAUUUGCAUGCCGGACUCCACCCCGGAUGAGACGGCGUGCUGCAUUCAUUCACCUUUUGUUCUUCGGACCCUUCGAUCUUAUGAUCCUAUUUAUGAUCUACACUGAUCUACAAAAUACUGCUGGAUUCUUACGACGUGGUGCAGCGGACUGUCCCUUCCUGCAGCGACUUCCCCUGGGCAUCUCGGCAGUUCCAGAGGUGUUUUCUAUUCUAAUAGAGCAAAUUUCUCCAGCGCGGCAUGUCCCGUUGUUCUCAUGGGUGCAACACACUCAUCGAGGAGGGGGACGGACACAAUGUCUGCCUCAAGUGCUUGGGUGUCCGGCACGCUGAGGCAGCCAUCAUGGAUACGUCCUGCCCACACUGCAGCCGGAUAGCGAUCCAGACUUUGCGGUCACGGGUGGCUGUGUUCUUUAUGGACCCAGCCACCACCUUGUCUGCUUCCCGUUCCACCGCACCGCCCCUUCCCCAACGCUCGCGGCUGGAUACAUGGUACAUCGGGUCUGAGCACGGCUCCAAGCCGCGCACGGCCCCGGUGCCGUAUUUCCUGGAAGUGCAUGUGGAACUCCGUAAGACCUGGAACGCCCCCUUUUCGGCACGCUCCCGGCAAACUAGUUCUGUCGCCUUUACUUCCCUUGAUGGUGGGGCAGCUAGAGGCUACGUCGAUGUGCCCCAGGUGGAGCGUGCCUUCGCGGUACAUCUGUGCCCGCAGGGUGCGGCCACCUGGAGAGGACGCCCUAGACUCCCGUCCAAAGCGUGUAAUUUUUUUUUCGGCCUCUCUGGUGUCAAAGGCUUACACUGCUGUAGGCCAAGCUGCCUCCUCUUUCCAUGCCAUGGCCAUCCAGAAUACCAUCGGGCCCGACCCCAGCCAUUCCAUCGCUGGUUGGUUCGAUCGGGGACGGUUCCUGCCCCGUCCCAACAGCCCACUUUUAAGAGUUUCCUCUCUCUCUGGGUGUUUAUCACAGCCGCUCUCACCCUCUACACGACGGUGUUCGGCAACUCGACAUUGCGUCACGCAUACUCAGCAGCCCUCAGCACUCUGAGUCCGAUGGUGCGUUGAGCUGCAGCAUCGCCGGGCAGGUAAGUAAGCAGAGCCGAUCUCCUCCCCGGGGGCCUCCCCAUGGCGAGGGAUCCGCACUGCCAGCCAUCGAACCACCCCCCGGGGGGUUGAUGAAGCAGAUCGAACCCCUAGUCCCCCUGUCUCGGUCCCUAAGAGCCUGGCUAGAGCUUCCCAAACCGUCACGGUGGCUAGGGAAUACAAUCCGUCUCGGCUACGCGAUCCAAUUCGCCAGACGCCCGCCCAAGUUUCGGGGCAUCCUCUCCACCUCAGUCAGAGGCAAGGAUGCUCCCGUGCUUCGGGCCGAGGUUGCCACCCUUCUGGCAAAGGAAGCGAUCGAGCUCGUCCCUCUAGCCGAGAUGUUCAACGGGUUUUCCAGCCCGUACUUCAUCGUCCACAAGAAAGGCGGGGGGUUGCACCUCAUCCUAGAUCUGCGUACUCUGAACAGGCACCUACACAAGCUGCCAUUCAGGAUGCUCACGCAGAAGCGCAUCCUGACGUCUAUCAGAUGUUAGGAUUGGUUCAUGGCAAUCGACCUGAAGGACGCGUAAUGUAUAGAUCCUCCAUCAUCAUCGACCGUUCCCGCGGUUCGCUUUCGAGGGACAGGCAUAUCAGUACAGGAUCCUCCCCUUCGGCCUGUCCCUGUCCCCACGAGUCUUCACGAAGGUUGUGAAAGCCGCCCUCGCUCCCCUCAGGGAGAAGGGCAUGCACGUACUCAACUAUCUCGACGACUGGCUCAUCUUGGCACACUCACAGGGACCUGGUGCUCCGGCACCUAGAUCGUUUGGGCCUACUGGUCAACCAGGAAAAGAGCAAGCCCUCCCCAUGCAGAGAAUCUGUUUUCUCGGAUGGAACUCAACUCUGUCUCCAUGACAGCGCGACUGACUACCGAGCGCGCACAGUCAGUGCUGAACUGCUUGAACCUUUUCAAGCAGCCAGUGGUCCCCCUGAAACUUUCAGAGGCUCCUGGGGCACAUGGCAUCCUCGGUGGGGGUGGUCCCCCUCGUGUUGAUGCACAUGAGACCGCUCCAUCACUGGCUACAGAGUCGGGUUCCCUGGAGAGCAUGGCACACCGGCAGCAGGCGUAUGGUCAUCACGCCUCUCUGCCGACGCACCCUAACCCCCUGGUCUUCUGCGGAUAGGGUCCCCCUUGGGCAGGCUUCGAGGCAUGUCGUGGUGACUACGGACGCCUCCCUGCAGGGUUGGGGUGGCAUGUGCACCGGGCACGCAGUGUCAGGGCGAUGGACGGCCCCCACCUACGUUGGCAUAUCAACUGCCUAGAGUUGUUUGCUGUGCUACUUGCACUGAAGAGGCUACAACCUCUCAUGCAAGACAAGCACGUGCUGGUCCGGUCGAACAGCACAACUGCUCACGACAGUUAACACAACUUGCCCGACGCAUCCUCCGGUGGAGUCAACAGGUGACGAAGUCCUUGCGAGCCACACACAUCCGCGGGCGACCUGAACCAGACAGCCAAUGCGCUCUUUCGUCAGUCGAUGCCUUGCGGAGAGUGGCGACUCCACCCCCGCGCAGUCCAGCUCAUUUGGGUGCAGUUCAGGCAGGCACAGGUGGACCUGUUCGCCUCCUUGGACACCACCCAUUGCCCGCUAUUGUACUCCCUGUCCGAGGCCCCCCUCGGCACGGAUGCCCUAGCGCACAGCUGGUUGCGGGACAAGCUGAAGUACGCCUGCCCCCCAGUGAGCCUCAUUGCACAGGACCUGUGCAAGAUUAGGGAAGAGGUGCAUCAAGUGUUACUAGUUGCGCCAUACUGGCCCAACCGGACUUGGUUCUCGGAGCUAAUGCUCCUGACGACAACUCCCCCCUGGCCGAUUCCCCUGACGAAGGACCUUCUUUCGCAGGGGAAGGGCACGUUGUGGCAUCCGAGACCAUACCUCUGGAACCUCCAUGUCUCGCUCCUGGACGGGACGAGGAGAUCCUGAAUGGCCUACCCCCAGCGGUGGUUGAGAUCAUUACUCAGGCUAGGGCCCCUGCCACUAAGUGGCUGUACGCCUUUAAGUGGUGCCUCUUCUCAUCCUGGUGCUCUUCUCGAGCAGAAGAGCACGAGAGAUGCUCGAUCGAGAACGUACUGUCCUUCGUACAGGAGAUACUUGAGUAACCUCUCCCCUUCCACACUGAAAGUAUAUGUAACCACCAUUGCCGCUCAUCAUGAACCAGUUGCUGGUAAGUCUCUAGGACAGCACAACCUGGUCAUUAGGUUCCUAAAGGCUGAAUCCGUCUCGUCCGCGCUCCGUACCCUCUUGGGACCUUGAUGUGGUCCUGGCGGGCCUCCAGAGCCCCCCCUUCAAGCCCCUCGGAGAUGCCGCUCUUUCUCAUCUCAUGAUGAAGACUGCUCUCCUGGUGGCGCUCGCCUCCAUCAAGAGGGUAGCGGACCUACAAGCAUUCUCCGUGUCCACGGAUUGCCUAGAAUUCAGGCCGGGAGACUCUCACGUUAUCCUGAGACCCCGGCCCGGCUAUGUGCCCAAAGUUCCCACCACUCCCUUUCGGGACCAGGUGGUGAACUUGCAGGCGCUCCCCAUCCGUGUUGUGUCCAGUACGCGCACUGCGCCUCUACUUGAACCGGAUGCAGAGCUUUAGGAGCUCUGAGCAGCUCUUUGUCUGUUUUGGAGGUUAGCAGAAGGGGAGGGCUGUCUCCAAACAGAGAUUGGCGCACUGGAUCGUGGACGCCAUCACUACGGAGUACCGGUCCCAAGAUCGCCUGUGCCCACUGGCAGGAGUGUAGCCUCCUCGUGGGCACUGGCUCAGGACGCCUCUCUGGCAGACAUCAGCAGAGCUGCGGGUUGGGCUAUGCCCAACACCUUCGCAAGGUUCUACAGCCUCCGCAUGGAACCUGUGUCAGCCCGAGUCUUGCAUGGUACCAACAGGUAAGACCGGCAACCGGUGGGGCAUACACCUGCGAAAGCACCUCCCCCCGUCAUAGGUGGGUCUGUGUGCUAUUUCCGCCUCCCUUCCCCCACCGGGUGAAGAAUAGGCAUUCCAUCCAUCACUAAGCACUUCCUGGUGGCGGGCUGGGCGGAGCAACCCUGCCUCCUCAGGCUGGGCAUCAACUGAGUUAUCUAGCACAUGGCUCUAAUCAGAGCUAGUGCCCCACACGUAAUAACAGGGUGGUUCCAUCUGAUGUAUUUUCAUGGUCUGGUUCCCAGGUAGGUAACACAUGACCUUGCCUAGGUGGGCCUCCACCUCUUGCGAUACUCCCUUACAGUCCGCACAUUCCUCCCAAGAGUUCUCCCCUGCUGGCAAGACCAUGUUGGUGUCUCCACUGAAUUCCUCCCUAUGGUAGGAAGUGGCCUCUGUAGCGCGUUUCCCCUAUUGAGUAUUAUAUGUAAUUCUACUAUUUAAGUGAACUAAGAAAUGUAGUUAUGGUCAUGCACUCCUACUGGAGUUUCCCAUUAUGGGCAUUUCUGUAAAAGUCUUCUUUAUAAAAGAAAAAAAAUCCUACGCAAUAUAUACAUCUGUACCCAGAAAUCAACGACAGAACAGCCAACUAAACUGCACACCAAGAAGGCACCAUAGGACACUUGCCUUUUUUGUCUGCUUUGAACUGUUUUCUUGUAGCCUAAUAAAUCCCAUUACUUGACAUUGUAACAAUACAACCAUGUGUAAAUUACCAACAUAAAUUACCAUGCUUUCUAACUGUCUGGCCAUUCUUUUAUGGCAAAUGUCUGGCUACAGUGUUAUGUCUUUACAUCAAGUGAAAUCAGCCAACAGGCACCAAGCAGAUCGGUUGGAGUCUCUAAUCGCCAUGAUUGGCUCAGCAAUGGUGAAGCAAAAGUUGUUUCCUGGAGCACAGUUUGAAACUCUUCGAGUCCAAGUUAGUAAAACAAAUUGGUGACAUACAGUGAUCGUAGCAUGCUGCGAAAACCCAGACGCCCUUCAUCCCUCACCUCCUCCCUUCUUUCCAUACUGUCUUUAGUACUCUUGUGUUUUGCCUUUCUUCCUCUUCACUCUCUCUCCCAAGCCCGCUCUUCCUUCACCCUGUCUUCUGCUGUGCCAGUGCCUAUUCCACUAAAUUCUUCAGUCCUAGAAGCAUUUUUUGUUGUUGUUAAUUUUUAUGUUUGUUUUGAACCAAUGAGCUCAUAGAAGAUCUAAUCACAACCCAUUUUAAGAUUUCUGGCAGAGAAUGUCAGGUUUAGAUUUUUUUAACUUUUGGUAUUUGAUAGAAAACAUGAUUCCAUGUAUCUGAACAAGAUGUUGUUGUGUAUAAUUUUGUGCACAUUUUGUGUAACAUUGGGCUCUGUUACCCCAGUUAUAAGAAGUAUUCAUAGGAAUGUUAAUACCAUAGGUGUGUUAGUAGAAUAAUCUAAAAAUCACACUAAACCAAAGAUGAGUGUAUACAAGUGAAAAUAUGAUGAUUUGAUGAUUUAAUGAUAUAAUUAAUAUACUUAAGCAAUGAUUGAUUGUUGAUUGAUCACAUAAUUACAUUUUUUAUAUAAUCAAUAUACUUAAGCACAUAAAUGCAUUUUUAAUCAUUUUAACUAAGUAUAGAACACAUUUGAGCAAUGCAAAAUCCAGUGAUGCUUCAGAGGCCUGACCUAGAUAAAGCUCGAGGCAUGUUGUUCACUUUGAGACCUGGGUACUUUCUAUUGUUUACUGGUAACUAUGAUACGGACAGGGUCCAGCAACAUUUUACGACUUCAUAUGUCAAACAUAUUUACUUUAAAAGCAAGUUAUUAUUAAAAAAACAAGUAAAAGUCAACAUUCCUCCAUUAGAUACAAACCUCGUUUCCUAAGAAAUAAUAGUGGCAGACAAGAACGAUUGGAUAAUAAAAAAUAAGAGAUAACGGGAAUUUACCUGAUUGGUUUUUAGAAAGGACCACCUUUCAGAAGUUUUACUAUAACUGUAGACUGGAAAACACUUGGUUUUCAGAUGACUUGGGACAUCUCACUUUGUUUGGCUUGAACAAAUAAAGUUAACUCUUUGACACCAGGACCUUUUUUGUCCGAGACAUUUUUUGAACUUCAAGUUCGAUUUUCUCCCCCAUCAAUGUCCAGAACCUCUGGCAUAAAAGUAGGUCCACAACAAUGAAGAUCCUGUGGUAUAUUUAACUGUGGAUAUGGAGCACUUUUUAUCCCUGUGUGCACCAAACCCAUCUUGUGUUAUUGCUGCCAAAAAAAACUAUUUUUAUGGCCAUAGACCCCAGUCCCGUUUGAAGUUCCAGUAUGGCAGAUUAUUUUUGCAUGAGAGCAGAAGUAAAUAACUUGUGGUGAUGGAGGUGCAGUUUUCCUUUAUUUUUUAAAUUGCUUUCUGACCCCAAAAUUUAACUGAAUUCAACAAUUUUGCAUCUGUGAUCUUGGAAGAGUCUUUGGCCACUUAAAUUCUUCUCCUCACUGUGCAUUUAGACAAUAUAGACACGUUCUCUUUCAGGAAGAUUUUCAACAUCUCCAGGCGAUUAAAACUUAUUGAUCAUUGCCCUGAUGUUGGAAAUGGGAUUUUUUUAUUGUUUUUCUAUUUCCUUAAAGCCACUUUUUAUUUUGUGUAACUCAAUGUCACGAUCACCGAUUGGAGUGCCCUGCAGAUCCACUAGAGGGCACUCCCCUCAUCACCCUGACUGCCAAUACGCUACAUUUCCCAUAAACCUUUGGACUCAUUACUCAGUAUUACAUUCACCUGUGUCUAGUUAUCUCUUGCACCUCUUUCUAUAUACAGUAAUCAGGUUCAGUCAGUCAUUGCAAAGUUUUGUGGUACUACUGCAGUUCUGAGUGGUCCCUGGUGAGGUUUCACAGGUCGUUGUUUUGGUUUCUUAGUUUGCAGUGUUUCAAGUUUUGACCAUUCAUCUGUGUUUUUGACUUUUGCCUGUUUAUUGAAUUACGUGUUUGGAUUGCCCUUUGGAUGUGUUAGCUCUGUGUGGACUGAUCACCUGUGUUUUGGACUUUAUGCCUGAUUAUGUCUGUGGAUUACCCUUAAACCCAAUUUUUACUUGUGCGUCGAACCUACGCCAUAGCCUACGUACAUAGAUGACGGCAUCGUUAACAUUUAUGGUUCUGCGUUGAGAGUAUGUGUUGCGCUGCAAUUACACUGCCGAAAUGCUAGUUGGCUCUUUAUGUUUUCACGGGUUUGAUCUUUUGGAUUUGUGUGUAUACAUUACAUAUACUGUUACAUUUUUGGAGAGGUGCGCGUCAGGCUAUGGUAUAGGUUACACGGCUCUGCAUAAGCUAGGUCGUAGGCUAUGGCGUAGUACCUUCGCACAAGCAUAAACUGAACUUUAAUCAACUCAAUUUGACCCUCAACCUCUCGAGUCCCUGUGCUGAUCUGAGCAAGGAAAAGACAAAAACGUUUAUCUUAGUCAUGUUGCUAUGUCUUUUGAAGACUGUGAUUGGAUGGUUGACCAAGAAGGAAAAAAAAGUGCCUUUACGUAUAGGGUCUUGAGAAUUUUUAGAGUUUUUCCACACUCAAGCACAUGUAACCGGUCCUUCCUGACAACUGUCACGACUGAUAACUCUGCGUUGUGUGUAAUAAAGACUGGACAACCAACAGCUCUGGAGAUUUCAAUGAGGUUUUAGCAUUGUAUAACUGAAUGUUUUUGGUUGAAUUAAAAUUCUAAGUUUAAGAUUAUACGUCUUUAUAUGGGGGGCCGCAAAGCGAUGCACUUAACACAAAGGGGGCCUUACAACAAAAAAGUUUGAGAACCACUGAUCUAAUAGGAUAGGUCAUAGACAUGAACCCUACACGAUCUAAUGUGCUGUGUCUUAUUAACUCACUGUCAUUUAAUUCAAUGUAAUUUUAUUUUAUAGCUUUUUUUAGAAUUUGCAUUGCAUCAAAGCAGCUAUAGAAGAAAACCAAAACCAAGAUAAACAAAAGUUGAACACACAAAAACAACAAAAUAAAAUAUUAGAUAAACCUCAAAAGUAAUAUGGAAAUUGUCAUGCAUUGCAACACAUUUCUUCUCACUUUUCGUCCAUUUUCUCUGCUGCUAAAGAAUUUGUUAAAAGUCCUCCUCGCUACUCCUAAAAUUUUAGACCUUAAGAGCUCUUUUAAGGGUUAAGAUGCUUUAUGAAUUACUUUUUUCUGUACUAGGUAUGGAAUU